GCUGCGCGGAGUUCCUCUGCGACGCUUCCGUUCAGUUUCCGGGAUACUUAUACUCUACCGGACCAUAGAAAAGCUUCAGAAAAGUCGCAUUUAAAUCGCGAAGCGACGCGUCGUAAAAGCCGGCCUGUUGGCUUCGUGUUUAGCCGCUCAUUGUGUCGUUAUUUGUCCGUAUUUCAACGUUUAUCGGGUCCUCCUGCGCCAUGUCUCUGCCCAACCAGACCUUCAUGCCCGUCACUCAUGUGCUCUUCGACAUGGACGGACUACUUCUAGACACAGAGCGGCUCUACACAGUGUCCUUCCAGGAGGUGUGCGAUCGCUUCGGGAAGCUGUACACCUGGGACGUCAAGGCCCAGGUGAUGGGCAUGCAGGCCCUGGCCGCCGCCCAGCUGAUCAGAGACGCCCUCGGUCUCCCCCUCACAGCCCAGGAGCUGUUGGAUGAGACCCGACGCGUGCAGGAGAGGAUUUUCCCCGACGCCCAGCUCAUGCCAGGCGUGGAGAAGCUUGUCGACCAUCUUCUCAAACACAGCGUCCCGGUUGCCGUUGCAACCAGCUCGGCGGGCUCCACCUAUGCCCUGAAGACGAGCGGCCACCGAGCGUUCUUCGGCCGGUUCGCCCACGUCGUCCUCGGCGAUGACCCCGAGGUCAGGCGGAGCAAACCGCAGCCGGACUCCUUCCUGGUGGGGGCGGCCCGCUUCAGCCCCCCCGCCAAGCCGCAGCAGUGCCUGGUGUUUGAAGACGCCCCCAACGGAGUGAAGGCCGGACUGGCUGCCGGCAUGCAGGUGGUGAUGAUCCCAGACCCCAACCUAGACCGUGGUCUUACCCAGGAGGCCACACUGGUCAUGGCCAGUAUGGAGGACUUCCGGCCUGAGCUCUUCGGCCUGCCCGCCUAUGACUGAGGCUUCAGACACUUUCCGUCACAGUGUAGUGCACUCAUGUACCCUCAACGUGGGAACUUCCAGAGCGGCAGCUCAGUAGCGGUCUGCAAUUAAGUCAGUCUGUGUGUGAUGUUUCUGAAGGUGGUCAGUGUGACGCUGGGAUUGUAACUGGAGGUCAGGAAACGACCAAUUGUGCUUUUCGUAAUCUGCCUUUUUAAAGUGAAAGGGUAUUAAAGGCGUAUGAAACAUAAAA